CUGCCUAAACUAGCUCUCCAGUUUUGUUUUUCUGGGUAAAUCCCCAGCCUAGCCCAGGGUGGUGGUGGUUGCCUGACCUUUUCGGUGUUUGUAUCUGUUUUGUAUCCCUCGACAUAGUAAACUAGAUUUUUAAGAAUUAUCAUGAAUAUUUUAGACGAUUUCUUUUUGGCAAUAAAAAUCACAGCAUUCAAUCACAUUCAAGACGAUGUACUUGUUGCCUAACCUUUCGCGGUCUUUAUCUUGUCCAACUUAAAACAACUACGACACCAAUGGAUUCCCCAUUUUUCUGGUUUCACAACAGCCACUCCUCCACCCCACAGAAAAAGAAAAGCACAAUUGAUUACUCUUGAAAACACGAACUGCAAACGAAGACCUUACACUGUAAAACAAGAUGGUGGUGGGAGUUCUUAACCUUAACAUCCCCCGAAUCCCUCUUUUCUCGCCAUCUCCAUUGCGUAAGCAAUCUAGGGCGCCUUUUGUUUCCAUUAAAGCCUCCUUAGAGUCAUCGAAUUCCCAAAUCAGUACCAAGGAAGAAGAGAACCCAGGCUCCGCUUCUUCUUCUUCGCUGGCAGCAACAACGUUUGCUCCUCCUCCGGACUUAAAGGCGCCAGAGCCAAAGCGGCUUGCUGUUAGACCCGACAAGACUUUGGAGAUUGCUGGGGCGGCUCUUGCCUUGUUCUUCCGGUUCGGAUCUGGGGUUUUUGUUUCUGGCUAUUCCGCAUCCAUUGUUUCUGAGAAUGAAAUUCCACCUGGACUAUAUUGUUUAGAAUUAGGAGGCUUUAAGGUAAAAGAGACAUCAAAGAUAGGCCCUCGUCCACAGAAACCUAUUGAGAUAUACGAGUUUGAAGGGUACUUACUGCUUAAUUUCCCCUUGUUUUUUCUCCCGUCUAAUGCUUGUACUAAUUGUCGACUUCCUUUAUCAUUCAAUGUGGAUAACCUUUUUACCCUUUAUUCUACUCUUCGGUUUUCCAUGUUUAUAUUCUUAUGUAGAUUGAUUCUUGUGUGUUUCUUUUUUCCAUAAAAUAAUGGAUGGUGCGGACUUCCUGCUACUCCAGUUGUCCAUUUGUCGAAAGGUAGUUAAUAAUCCGCUUCUAUUUUGGUCUUUUUCUACUUCAAUCGCGUCCAACAAUACACAUACCGUUUAAUAUGACCAGAAGAUAACAGGGAUCAUGGUUCUAAUUGGGGAUAGCUAUACUUCCCCAAAUGGGACUUGUAUUAAACUAUGCUUCUCUAAUUUUCCUAAUAAGUCUUUAGUUGGAACUAGUCACGAAGCAUGAAGAAAGUUUCAUGAUAAAACUCUAACGUGUUCCUCUUAACACAUUACUGAAAUCUUAAUAGCCGAACUUCAUGUUUUAGAUCAACGUUUUACUAAUGUACAGGUUAGGGAAAUUGUUGUAGUUUUGGAUCUCGAUGUUCUGUUUUAUCCUUGCUCCAAAAAUUGUCCAAAUUUUCGUCGCAAGGUUGCUGAGAUGGGUGUAAAGCAGCGGUUCCCCUACAUGAUUGGAUACUAUUUCUUUCCUCUGCUCCAGAUCUUCUUGCUUAGUUUACCAUUAACUAAAAUAAUAUAUAUGAGCCCCUGAAUUUCACCGUUAUUUGAGGUAAGACCUUGUGCUUUUAUUGUACCUGAAUAAACUCCUAAUCUUCAACUAAAGGCUGAGGCCUUAUUUGGAUGGAAUAAGAGUGCAAGGGCUUAAUUACGAGAAAAGGUAAAGUUCAAGGGCUUUUUUCCUUGUUUUAGCCUUCACUUUUUCCCAUGGUUUUGUGCUUGAGAUUUGCACUUAUGUUUGUAUUUAAACAGCCAUUGAAUUGGCAUUGAAAAUUGUGAUGUAAAGUGGGAGUUCGACUUGGAACAUUUGUUUCUGGUUUCAGGUGGAUCCGAAUACGGGCGUUGCCAUGUAUGAAUCAGAUGAAAUAAUAAAGUAUCUGGUUGAAAAAUAU